AUGGGUUCAUGGGUCGGGAAAGUGGUUCAUCGGUGCAUUACCAUGGCUAUAGCUGACUUUUAUGCAGCCAACCCACACUACACAACACGGAUAGUUAUUAAUACGAAAGAUACCAAAGGAGAACCACUGCUUGCAUUAUCUGCAGCGCUUGAGCUUUUGGAGAACACAAAAGUGCAGGCAAUAAUAGGUCCAGACGCUACAGUUGAGUCAAGAUUCUUAGACCUUUUGGAACAAAAAGCUAAUAUACCAUUUCUUUCGUUUGCAACAAGUACACUUUCCAAUAAAAAUCCUUAUUUUCUUCAAAUUGCACAAGAUGAAGCCACUGAAUUUAAAGGAAUUGCUACAAUGGUGCAAUCUUUUAAAUGGAAGAAUGUCGUUCUUAUCUGUGAAAACACUGCAAAUGGAAGACAAAUGGCUACUUAUAUGUUCAGUGCAUUUCAAGAGAAAAAUAUCCCUGUUGCAUAUACUAGUCUGAUUUCAACCUCUUACAGCAAUGAACAAAUCCGGGAAGAGCUUCAUAGUCUUCAGAAUAUGCAAACCACAAUGUUUGUUAUCCACACAUCGCCUUCUCUUUCAUCCAAGCUAUUUUUCAUGGCAAAAGAGGUAGGCAUGAUGGGUGAAGGAUAUGUAUGGAUUGUAACGAGUAAAACUACAAACCAUAUAAAUUUCAUGGAUGCUGAAACCAUCAAGUCCAUGCAAGGGGCAGUGGGUUUCAAAUCAUAUUUUCCGAAAUCAGAUGAGCUUCGUAAGUUUAAUUCAAAAUGGAGAAAAGAAUAUCAUGAUUUGAACCCCAUAAUGGAGAUGAAAGAGAUAGAUAGUAAUGGUAUAUGGGCUUAUGAUGCCGUUUAUGCAUUAGCAAUGGCUGUUGAGAAGGUGCAAACGACAGUUAUGGGUACAUCUCUUCUAGAUCAGAUUUCAAAAACUAACUUUCAUGGUUUAGGUGGUGAUUUUAAGCUUAUGAAUGGUAAGCCUAUCUCAAAAGCCAUAGAAAUCAUAAAUGUAAUCGGGAAGGGCGAUAGGAGGGUCGGGUUUUGGAUGGUUGAUGGUGAGUUUGUUAAAGAGAUAGGAAAAACAAAUUUGUUUUCUAAUAGGGGCCUGGAAAGUAUCAUCUGGCCGGGUGGAACUGCAACUAUUCCAACCCAUAGGAUGCUACAAAUGAAUGGCAAGAAGCUGAGAUUCCUGGUUCCUGUUUUUGGUGCAUUUCCCAGUUUAAUUCAAAUGGCUGUUGAUCCCACAACUAAUCGCCCAACUGUCAGCGGGUUUUGUGGAGAUGUUUUCAAUGUUGCAUAUAAUGCCUUAACCUAUGGAGUAGAGAUUGAAUUUGUCCCAUACCUCUAUGAGCAUGGAAGGACUUACGGUGAUCUAAUUGACAAAGUCUAUCUCGAGGGGUAUGAUGGUGCUAUUGGGGAUAUAACAAUCACAUCAAAUAGAAGUCAUUACGUUGACUUCACAUUCCCCUUCAGUGAUAUGGGAGUAGGCACAAUAGCACAAAAUGGCAAGAAAAGCAUGUGGAUCUUUUUAAGUCCUCUUAGUGCAGACCUUUGGUUCACCAGUGCUGGUUUUUUUCUCUUUUUGGGAUUUGUCAUUUGGUUUAUUGAACAUCGUACAAACGAAGAGUUUCAAGGUUCAACAAAACAGCAGAUUGGAACAACCCUCUGGUUUGCCUUUUCCACCCUUGUUUACGCUCACCGAGAGAAGCUGCAGAGUAAUUUGUCAAGAUUUGUCGUCAUAAUAUGGCUUUUUGUAGUGCUUGUACUAACGUCAAGUUAUACUGCAACAUUAAGUUCACUUCUAACUGUACAACAGAUCGCAUCGAAGGGGGGAGAGGUCCAAUUCCAAAGUAUUUCCCAUGUUGGAGUACCCGUCUUUAACAAUGUACAACUCACUAAGGGCGUAAUGACACCACUAUUUUCACCUGGUGAUUACGUUCAAGCAUUAAGAAGUAGAAAAGUUAGUGCCAUCAGUGAUGAGAUCCUCUACAUCAAAUCAGUCCUUGCAUUGUAUUCAGCUGCCGAGUUCUCCUUGGUUUCAACAGCAUCAACCACAAACGGUUUUGGUAUUGUGUUCCAGAAGGGUUCACCAUUGACCACAAAGAUGUCAAGUCAGAUAGCAAAGCUGCGUGGAGACGGGACACUAAAGGCAUUGGAGGAUAAAUGGUUAAAACAACAAUCUUCAAUGAUAUUGUCAAAGGAUUUAUCUACCCCUCCACCUACUAUUUUGAAUCUUAAUGGGUUUGGAGGUUUGUUCCUUAUAAGUGGCACGUCAAUGGUCUUGGCGCUAUUGAUAUCAAUAGUAUAUAUUCUACGUAAAACUUUGUGGAAACGUAAGCUGGAGAUAAUGAGGUCCCUCUUACGAAGAUCUCCCGAAAUACAUCCACAAGAUAAUGAUGUAGAACCACGUGUUUAACAUUUUUAAACAGAGUUGAAUACCUUAUAUAACUUGA